GGCGGGGCCCGGGAGAGAGGCGGCCGCGCCGCCGGGCCUGCGGGUUCCCACAGUCCCUUCCGCCGUGGCGCUCUUCCCAACCCCGGACUGGCUAAUUCCGGGGUUCCGAGACUGCCGCUCGCGCCCGAGCGCCACCGCUCCCUCAGGAGUAGCCGGGGCAGAGCAGCCCGCCCGACUUUCCGUCAGGCUUUGGCACCCGGCGCGCCGUCAGUGACGGCGUGCAGGGGGUGGGCGUUCCGGCUCGGGAGGACCCCGCCGCGGCCCCGGAAGCGCCUCGUCCUGAGCGGCGGUGGCGGCGGUCGCCGUGAUGCCUACGCGGCUGGGCGGCUGACGGCGGAGUAGGAACGGGCCCCGUGCCCGGAAUCUCGGCUGCCGCUGCUAGAGAGCGGCCUGCGCCAUGGCUAACUCAGCCGCCUCCUCAGAGCAUUUCGAGAAACUGCAUGAGAUCUUCCGCGGUCUCCAUGAAGACUUACGAGGGGUGCCGGAGCGGCUCCUGGGGACGGCUGGGACAGAAGAGAAGAAGAAGUUGAUCAGAGGUUUUGAUGAAAAGCAACAGGAAGCAAAUGAAACGCUGGCAGAGAUGGAAGAGGAACUACGUUAUGCCCCCCUAUCUUUUCGUAACCCUAUGAUGUCUAAGCUUCGAACCUACCGGAAGGACCUUGCCAAACUCCAUCGGGAAGUGAGAAGCACACCUUUGACAGCCACUCCUGGGGGUCGAGGAGACAUGAAAUAUGGUACAUACGCUGUAGAUAAUGAGCACAUGAAUCGGCUACAGCCUCAAAGGGCAUUGCUUCUGCAAGGCACUGACAGCCUGAACCGGGUCACCCAGAGUAUUGAGCGUUCUCAUCGGAUUGCUGCAGAGACUGACCAGAUUGGCUCAGAAAUCAUAGAAGAGCUGGGGGAGCAACGUGAACAGUUGGAACGUACGAAGAGUAGACUGGUAAACACAGGUGAAAACUUGAGCAAAAGUCGGAAGAUUCUCCGUUCAAUGUCCAGGAAAGUGACAACCAACAAGCUGCUACUUUCCAUUGUCAUCUUACUGGAGCUAGCCAUCCUGGGAGGCCUGGUUUAUUACAGAUUCUUUCGCAAGCAUUGAACCUCCUACAGGGAACGGUUUGUGGACCAGGACUGUGACUCUGUGAAUGGUGUUAGAGAUGUGGAAAAAUCUUCCUGUUGCUGUGAGCUAACGGUUCAAGAAGGCACUGUGUAGCCAGACUGUGGGAGGAGGGAGGAAGAUGGAAAACCACUUAAAUGUGAAGGAACAGCAAUAAGACCAGUAUGAUAUACCAAGGUAGUAAAUGCUGUUUAUGACUUCUUUAAGUUUA